AUCCUAGCUACUCUAAUAUAUCCUCAUCAAAACACAAACACAUACAUAUAUAUAUAUAUAUAUAUAUAUAAUCAUGGGUGUUAAGUUAGUGUUAUUGUUUUGGAUUGUUAUGAUGAUGAUGAGAAUAGGUUCAGGUCAACUAUCAUCGACUUUCUACUCUUCUUCAUGCCCUAAUGUCCUUUCCACCAUUAGAGCAGAAGUAAGAAGUGCUGUGUCUAAGGAAUCUCGUAUGGGAGCUUCACUACUUCGUCUUCAUUUCCAUGACUGUUUUGUUAAUGGAUGUGAUGGUUCGAUAUUGUUGGACGACACAUCGAGUUUCACCGGAGAGAAAAACGCAGGGCCAAAUGCUAAUUCUGUGAGGGGAUUUGAUGUCGUUGACAACAUUAAGACAAAAGUCGAGGCUUCGUGCCCUGGCGUGGUUUCUUGUGCUGACAUCUUAGCUGUUGCUGCUAGAGAUUCUGUUGUUGCGUUGGGUGGGCCCAGUUGGACGGUGGCAUUGGGUAGAAGAGACUCAACAACAGCAAGUCAAAGCACUGCCAACUCAGACAUUCCUGCCCCUACUUUGAAUCUAACGGCUCUUAUUUCUUCUUUCUCUAACAAAGGUUUAUCUACUAAAGAUUUGGUAGCUCUCUCAGGUUCCCAUACAAUAGGUCAAGCAAGGUGCACAACUUUUAGGGCACGACUUUACAACGAAGCCAACAUAGAUUCAUCGUUCGCUACCUCAACAAAAGCAAAUUGCCCUAAUUCUGGCGGUGACAAUACUUUGUCACCGCUCGAUGUCACAACCCCCAACACUUUUGACAAUGCCUAUUUUAAGAACUUGGUUGCCAAUAAAGGGUUGCUUCACUCUGAUCAGCAACUCUUUAGUGGCGGGUCAACGAAUUCCCAAGUCAACACUUAUAAUAGCAACGCGGCCACUUUCAAAUCUGAUUUCGCCGCGGCUAUGGUGAAGAUGGGAAAUAUAAGCCCUCUUACUGGCUCUCAAGGUCAAAUUAGGACCAAUUGUAGGAAAGUCAACUAAUGAAAGUUCCUAUAUAUAUAAAUGUGUAUUUUUCUUUUGAGUAUUGCCUUUCAAAUGUACCAAGUAUUUCUACUUUGAUUUUGGCUAUAAUGUUUGUCUCUUAAUGAGUUGUAAGCUCAUUAUAGCUAUAGCAAUUGUAUUGUUUUCCGUUUGGGUUUUAAUUUUAUAAAAAAUUUGAAUUCCUGCAA